GUUAACUUUGUGUAAACAUGCAACCAAUGUAUAUACAACCUGUGGGUUCAGUCAACUUUACGAAAUCCAAAGCUGAUGCACCAUUCAAAAAUACGACACAAAUAGUCUUCAGUUCAUCUUCUGCAACUGUAUGCUUAUACGACUCACAUAAACUGGAGUGCUUUCGUGACAGUCCAAACUGGUCCCAUCAGUUUACAUGGAUACCCGUUUUACAUCUUAAAACUUUACUAGAGAAUAUAACAGAUUCUCCUGAAGAUUUGCAUAAUUGGCAUAUUGUGAAGGCUAUAUUCGUAAACACAUCAACUAAAGCAAGACAAUCUUUAGCUGUAAUUCUUGUUAAUGUUGAUCAUAAUCUUUCCAUCGUCUGCUUUUUUCGUUCCUUGAGUUCAACCAAAUGCAUCAUAUCUGUUUUAAUACACGGAGUGUUAACUACUUUAGAGUGGUUGCCACUUAUUGACAUGACAUGUAAAACACCAGAAUCACUAUCAUUAGCAUCAACCACAAUGGAUAUGUGCUAUGAAGAAACCACCAAAGGAAGUAGCAAAAUAUCGAAUUCAGUGUUGUCAAUUUUCGAUGGUUGCUUUGCUCUUGGAUUUCAACAAGGACUUGCAGGUUUACUGGGUGAGUACUUCACGCAUUCAAGUGUAUUAUACUCCGUCUCUAAACACAACAUACUUUAUUAA